AUGGUUUCCUUCCAGGCAUUGCCGCAGGAGCUAAAGAACCAAGUACUGCAGUUCUACUUGGAUGAUCUCAAAGCCCAAGCCCGCCAGACGACUGCAGAAGCUUCAAAAGAGAGCUCCAGGUUCCUGCAACUGAGGAGUGUUUGCCGAUCGCUGUGCGCCACAAUCAACCGCCUCCUCCCUCUUUCCGAUGAAUUCCAAGUGUUGGCCGACAAAUGCGUCCCAUUGGCCAGAUUGCAAUUGCUCCUCCUGGUUCGAAAAGGAUCCGCAAAUGAACACCUACUCGUUACUGCAAUCCGCGAGGCGAGCGAGCUGGUCAUCGCAGCGAAGGGGAACAAGGCGCCCACGCAACAAGGACGGGAGGAUACCUGGAGGACGGUGUGUUCCGGGGUCACUGAAGCUCUCCUUUCCCGCCCCCUCUCCUCUGUCAGUCUGCGCAACCAAAGCGACAAUACGGAGUGGAUGCCCUUUCUGAAACUCCAAUCAGACAGGGAAAGACGCAAGUUUUACAGCACAACGGCCCUAAACCCUGAAGCUGGGAUAGGCUCUGCCGCCAAGCGUGUGUACGAGCUUGUGAUCCUCACCGCGGCGAGGAGAGGGAACUUGGAAAAGGUCCGCGCCCUCCUUAAGGUGCAUAAUGUCGACGACCUUAGUGAUUCAGCUCUAGACCGGCACGGCAACAGUAUCCAUCACUGCGCAGCUGCCUCGGGAGAUGCUGAUCUUUUCCUCUACUGCUUUGUGCAUUUCAAAAAUGCCUGGAAGGAAAACAAGCGCGGCCUGACGCCAAUGGCCAUGGCCGCUAACCUAGGGCGGAUAGAGCUCGUUGAGGAAGUCUGUCGCCGGUACAGUAGUACGGGAAUCAUACCGCCUGACCGGCGUAACCCAACGAAGUUGUGUGGGCCCGUAGAGAUCAAGGAUAUGAUGGAUGCUGCUGCCGCUGGAGGUCAAACUGCCGUCUUAGAGUAUCUUAAGAGGUACAUAUACUGA